UGCCACUUGCAGUUUGUGACGCGUAUUGUUUAUGAUAAAUUAUUUCAAUCUUUCUGUGUAUUCUGUUUCACAAAAAUGGCAGAUGGUGUUGUUGCCUUUCUGCUGCAGAACUUGUCACGGCUUCUUGAGGAUGAACUAAAACUGUUUUCUGGCGUGGAGGACAAAAUCAGUUCGCUGUGCAAUGAGCUCAAGUUUAUAGACAUCUUCCUCAAGAGCUCUGAGGGGAAGUCCAACGACAAAGUUGUGAAAGAAGUGGUGAGCCAAAUAAGAGAUGUUGCCUACAAAGCUGAGGAUGUGGUUGACACUUACAUUGCCAACAUCACCAAACACAGAACCAGAAACACACUGAGCAUGUUAUUCCACUUCAAAGAACGGUUCAUGGUGCUGCACAAAGUCGACGCCGAGAUAGAAAAAAUCAAGAUCUGUAUUGAUGAGAUUUACAAGAACAAGGAGAGGUAUGGCAUCAGAGAAAGUGAAUACAAAAGCGAAGAAGAAGAAGCUGAAACACUCCGCAAGAGAAGGAGAGAUGUGGAGGAAGAAGAUGUAGUGGGCUUAGUGCAUGACUCAAGUGUGGUAAUUAAGCAACUCACCAUGGAAAGUGAUUCAUGUCGUAAAGUUGUUUCCAUAAUUGGAAUGGGAGGGUUGGGUAAGACCACUCUUGCCAGAAAGAUCUAUAACAACAAUCAGGUGAGUGAAUUGUUUACUUGUCGUGCAUGGGGUUAUGUGUCCAAUGAUUAUAGAGCUAGAGAGCUUUUGCUGAGCCUUCUCAAGUGUUUGCUGUCCACGGAUGAAUAUAAUGAUUUGUUCAAGAAAAGAAUGGAUGGAGGAGGCGAAGAUAUAAGUGAGGAAGAAUUGAAGAAGAAGGUAGCAGAAUGGUUGAAGGGGAAAAAGUACCUGGUAGUGCUUGAUGACAUCUGGGAAACACAAGUAUGGGAUGAGGUUAAAGGCGCCUUUCCAGAUGACCAAAGAGGUAGCAGAAUACUAAUAACAAGUCGCGACAAGGAGGUGGCAUACUAUAUAGGAACAAAGUCUCCCUACUACCUUCCCUUCCUUAAUAAAGGCGAAAGUUGGGAACUGUUCUCUAAGAAGGUGUUUCGAGGUGAAGAAUGUCCUUCUAAUCUACAGCCUCUGGGUAGAUCCAUUGUUGAAAUUUGUGGAGGUUUACCACUUGCCAUAGUUGUUUUGGCAGGACUUGUUGCCAGGAAGGAGAAAUCAGAAAGAGAGUGGAAGAGAAUCAAGGAAGUGAGUUGGCAUCUUACACAAGAAAAGACUCAAGUGAUGGAUAUACUGAAGCUGAGCUAUGACAGCUUGCCUCAAAGAUUAAAGCCAUGCUUUCUGUAUUUUGGAAUCUAUCCCGAAGACUAUGAGAUCAGUGCAAGGCAAUUGAUCCAACUAUGGACAGCUGAAGGGUUCAUACAUCCACAAAAACCUGGAAUCCUGAGUACAGCAGAGAUAGAAGAUGUUGGUGACUACUACUUGGAUGAGCUGGUGGAUCGCAGCCUGGUGCAAGUGGCGAGUAGGAGGAGUGAUGGUGGUGUCAAGACAUGUCGGAUUCACGAUCUUCUUCGUGACCUCUGCAUAUCAGAGAGCAAAUCCAGUAAGUUUUUGGAGGUUUGCACGGAGGUAAACAUUGAUACUCUAUCCUUGAGCAAUCCUCGUAGAUUGUCCUUGCAAUGCAAAGCACGGCCUAAUAUCUGUACAAAAAAAUUUAAUCAAUCAUACACUCGUUCCUUGUUCUUCUUUUCUGAAAUUAUGCACACACGUGGCAUUCCAAAGAGCAUCAAGAAUGCUCGUGUGCUGUAUUCAAAAUCCAAAGGAGCAAUGAAUUACUCACUGCAUAGUACUUUUAAGACGAUGAUCCAUCUAAGGUAUUUGAGAAUAGACACAGGUGUCAGCCACAUUCCAGCUUCUAUAGGCAACCUUAGGAAUUUAGAAACGCUAGAUGUAAGAUACAAAGAGACUGUCUCCAGUGAAAUUUGGAAGUUGAAGCAACUGAGGCAUCUUUAUUUGAGAGGGGGUGCAAAAUUGCCAGAAGUAGCUAGAGAAAGAAAGGUGAAUCUUCAAACUCUGUGGUUAAGGGCUUUUGAUCGACAAAUGGUGUCCAUGAUGAACAAGGACAUGUAUGUCAAUGACAUAUUUCCCAGGUUGAGAAAAUUAGUUUUGCACUAUCCAUUUCAUCGUCCUUCUCACGAACAAUUACCAACUGUAAGGUUACCAAGUCUACACCACCUAUGCAAUCUCCAUAGCCUAAAAAUAAUUGACUUUCUAGAACUUCCACCUGACAAAAAUGCCUUUCCAUCACAUCUCACCAAGAUAACCUGGAAACAAAUACAUGUCGGCAGUGACUUCUCUUUGAUGAGUACUUUAGGAUGGCUAACCAACCUACAAAUUUUGAAAAUGGGAAGGCAAUGCUCUGACGUGUUGUUCGACCUUAAUGUUGGUGCAGGAGAGUUCCCACAGCUUCAAGUAUUUCAGAUGAGGGGAAUGAAACUCAGAAGCUGGAGAUUGGACAAAAGUGCAAUGCCACAUCUUCAACAUCUGCUCAUUGAAGGCUGUGAAUACUUGAAUGAUCUUCCUGAAGAAGUAUGGUCCUUGACUACCUUACGAAAAGUGCAUGUUUUGUGGCCUUCUGAAAGAUUGGCAAACAGACUUCAAAAUGUGAAAUUAAAGAAUGGCUGUAAGCUCAUAAUCUCUAAUGCUCCUCCAAAUGGUCAAUCAGAUCAGAAUGCACUGACACAUUCUGUAUCAGUUGAUGCCUGAAACAGGAUCAUUCACUAAAGAAUAUCGUUAGGAGCCCCACAUUGGAUUGAAUAAGAAGCUCCAUAUGGUACUUAAGCCACUAGGCUCUCCCAUCUAAUAGACUAGUCUUUUGGGUUGGACUUUCCUCUUGUGCUUAGUUUUUUAUUUUAUUUCAUUCUUUGAGAGACCACAGUGGCUUCCCUCUACUUUAAGGAGUUAAUGUCCAUAUUUUUAUGAAGAUAUGUUCUGUAACAACUGGUUUCAAGUAUGGUUUAAGUCUUGUUGAAACCUAAACUUUCUUUGUUUUGUUGUUUUUUUAUCUGUUACAGUACUUUGAUGACUUUUUCUCUUUCGUUUUAUCUAAUAUAUUUCUUUGGUUUUCUUUUAGUUUUAGAGCAACUUGACUUUUGUGAAAAAGUAUAUUCUGGAUUGGUGAAACCAUAUUUUCAUUGGUAUUAUUUAAAAAUAUGUAACUUUGAAUUUGGUUCCAUACAUCAGUCAGCAUUGCUUGUCUAUUUGGGUAUUGAUGUGUCAUCUGCAUUUGAUUUCACUCGGGAAGAAAAGAGGAUCAAGCUUUGUUAAGGAAGGUUUUUUUCCUUCAGAAUGAACCUGUCGUGGCUCAAGUUUGGUUUCUUAACUCUGAUUUCUCUGCUGUUGCUUUGGUAUGGGCUUUUGGACAUUUUUGCCUGAAGGACUUUGGGUUAAUUGCUGUUCCAGAUGUCUCACGUCACCACCUUACUGGAAAGGACGAAUUUGUUGUAUUAGCAACAGAUGGGGUAGUUCCUUAAGGUUCCUUUUUCUUAUGACAUACUAUCUAUAAUCUACAAAUUAGUAAAAAUUGAUUCAUAUCAAGAUCAUAAUUAUGGUUAACCAAUUCUAGAAUGCAAUUGACUCUAGAUUUUAUUCAUACUGCUGCUUGCAUUACGUUUGAGUAAGUUGAAAUAAUUGAAUUUUGUUCCAUAUUACUACAUUUAAAUUGACUUGCUAACAACUUUUCACUUUAAACUCGUUGAUAAAAUUUACCAAUUAUUGUUUGACUUAACCACUAAAAUAAAUAAACACAAACUUACUCUUAUCAAAAGUGGUAUUGAUGCAUAUUUUGAUCUAGUUGUAUCUCAGACCCAUAUCUAUAUACAGACUUGCAUAUUCUAACUACCCUCUUCUAAACUGGAAUUUGUGGAUUGUUAGCAUUUUGAAAAAGCUUGUCCUUUACAUCAAUGUAUAUAUUCUCCUGAGUUGUCUUGCAACACAAAAAUUUGACUAUUUUCGUACAUAUUAUCUGCCUACAUUUUUGCACUUAACUAAGUUAUGGAAAAAUAAUUUGCUGAUGAGAUAUACUUGGACAGAUGGAUGAAAUUACACCAACUUUUUAUAAAAAGGAAAAGAGUGCAUUUUAAUAGAAUGUGCUGAACCCUGCAGAAAAGUUGGUCAGAAAAAUCACUGACUUAAAUGCAAUUCUAUAGAUUUGGGAUAUUUCAUCAAACAAAAAUGUUGUGCUUGUGGACAUUGUAGUAUCUGCUGCACGCUCUGCUGCUUCUCAAGCACUGAUUUAGUCAGCUGUUGAAUGAUGGAGGACAAAUAACCUUUUUGUAAAGUUGAUAAGUGUGUUGUACACCACAGACAAUUUGAUAUCAGAGGCAUCUAUUGACCAAUCUGUGUGCUGCCAGCUCUAUUUGGAGAGAAGGGAAUUGGAAUUGAAGCUGAAAAACCAUGUUUCUUCCCAAGCCUAGCUUGUUUUAUUGAAAAGGUUGGGAUAAUUGUGCUGCAACAGUCAAAGAGAAAGGAUGAUAAUUUUGAUGAUUUUUUUAGUUCUUCUGCUAAUAUACUUUUCAUUUUGCUUUACUUCAACAGCAUUUGAGGGGGAAGAGGGACUUUGAUAUAUAUUUCAAUUUGCUUCUCCAUAUAUUUGGUAGAUUUUGAGUUUUUUUCUUUUUGUAAAUAUGCGACUCUAGAUUCUUAGUUUAUAGUUUGUAUGUCAUCUGAAAUCUUAUUGUUAUGCGCUGUUGAAUCAGGUUUCUGUUGACUCAACUAGUAUGUUGUAUUUCUAUCAAACUUUUAAUUGUAUUGUAAUUUUGAGGUUGAGGUAUGAUUGAUCAUAUUUGGUA